AAUGAAAUGCAACAGUCGAUUUCAAUAUCAGCCUGUGUCGCUUCUACAUUCAGCAUUUACGAAAAAUGAGUAAACAGCUGUGGUAGUACUAAAAAGUACUUUGUUUAAUUGUUGUUUUGUGUGUACGUAAUUAUAUCAGGAGUGUAUUAAUAAAUACAGAUUCCUGAUGUCCACAUGUGAAAAAGAAUGAUGGGUUAAUACAAGCACCAUCCAAUAGAAAAUCAUUAACAAACAAAAGUAUUUUUAUUCCUGUAUAGUUUAAAUACCUGAUCAAAAAUGUUCCUGAAAUUUGACACGUUUGGCAAAGAUUAUGCCCAAAUGGCUGCAAUUGCUAUUGGAUGCCUCAGCUCAUGCAUCAGCGGAAUGACAAUAGCCUGGUCAUCACCCUACGUCGUAAAGAUAACUCAAGACAAGGAAACUUAUAACAUCACAGAAGAAGAAGCAUCAUACUUUACCAUGAUAAACGUUAUAGGACUAGUUGUAUCUUUACCCUUUACAUCACUCUUACCAGACAGGCUUGGCAGAAAACCUGUCCUGAUGCUAUCAGCUUUACCAUAUUCUCUCUGUUGGUUGCUCAAACUGUUCUUCACGAAUGUUUAUAUCCUGUAUCUGGCUAGGUUUUGUGCUGGAAUUGGAGAUGGUUUACUGUUUGCUUCCUUGCCUUUGUACAUCGGAGAAAUAGCUACCCCAGAAGUCAGAGGCAUUUGGGGAAACGGGUUGAUGAUUUUUGGAUUCCUAGGACAAUUUUUAAUAAACGUGUUCGGUAUUUUUCUAACAGUACCACAAACUUCUAUUGUAAGUCUAUCAGUGCCUCUAAUAUUUGUAUCAGCGUUUUAUUUCAUGCCAGAUUCGCCGUAUUUUUUUGCUAUGAAAGAUAGAGAUGAAGAAGCAAAAGCAGCACUAAGGUUCUUUAGAUUAAGAGACGACGUUGACGAUGAGUACAAAAUACUCAAAGAUGAUGUUAAAAGACAAAUUUCUGAGUCUGGUACUUGGAAAGACUUAAUUCUCAUUAAAAGUAACAGAAAAGCAAUUCUAAUAGGUAUAUUUAUAAGGGUCUCACUUAUUUUGUCUGGUAUUAUGGUAUUUAUAACAUAUACCCAGUUCAUUUUUACUCAAUCUGGUGGAAAUAUAGAUCCUGCAGCUGCUACAUUAAUAUACACUGGUGUAGCUUUUGUUCUAUAUACAAUUGCCUCAGUGUUUUCCGAAAAGUUAGGAAGAAAAAAGGCAUUUGCCGCAUCUCUUGCCUUAACUUCUAUCAUACUUCUACUCGAAGGAACUUACUUCUACAUCCAGGAGUAUUGCCCAACCAUAGAUCUUUCUAAUUUCAAGUGGUUUCCCUUGGUAGGUAUGCUCAUCUUUCUAGUCUUUGUUGCAUUUGGUGUUGGCAUUCUUCCAGGACUCAUGCUGAGUGAGUUGUUCUCAGCUAGUAUUAAAGCAAAAGCUAUAGGUGUUGUGAUGAUCAUAUACGCCAUCAUGUAUAUUCUUACAAAUAAAUAUUUUUAUAACUUGACACGGUUGACUGGACUAUGUGGACCGUUUUUUGUUUUUGGAUGUUGUGAUAUGAUCACAGCUGUGUUGUCGUGUUUUAUUGUGCCAGAAACGAAAGGAAAGACUUUGGAGGAGAUUCAACAGAGUUUGAAGAAGAAUUGAGUGCAACAUGAGAUAGUAUUGACUGUAUUAAAUACUUAAGGAAUUAAAUGACAAUGUGUUGUUUGCUCAAUGUGAAAUGUAAAUGUACUUUUUUAAAUAAAUUUUAUUUUUACACGAA